AAAGUCUUCUUCAUAUCAUAUAUAAUAUACCAUACUAUAGUUCUAUAUAAGGAAAACAAAAAAUGCAAUAGAAAAUGAUUAGUCAAUAUUCUAAAUCGUACUUUUUGAAGCAAGCACAGAUACAAUACAACUUGCAAACCUUAACUUUCACGGCGCAUUAUAGCGCCACCCACUUUUAUAUAACAAAAACUAAAAGUCAAGUCGUUGUAACUACAAAUUUCUGUUGACGCAAACACUUUCUCUCUCUAACUUCUGACCGCCAAUUUUUCUCUCUCUAAAAACCAUGACUACAACUUUUGUUCAUAACCGGAGCCAACACUCCGGUCACCGAAGUACGCCGGAUAAUAUGUCCCGUUCUUCUGAUUUCAGCACUUCACAUCACUCAACAACUUCCUCAUCGUCUUCUUCCGGUAGCCGGAAUCCAGUUAUUGCCGCCGCCAUGUCGGUUGCUGGAUUGUUUGCUGCUUGUUUCACGCCGCCGGAUGCUAAUAAUUCUAAGAGCGUUGUUGAUUCUGAGGAGUUCAAAUCUACUAAUUCUGGUUCUGAUGCAUCAAAUGCUUCAAGAGCUGGUAGUCAGAGAGGGCGUGGCUCAAACCGAGGUACUAACAUCGGUUUAUACAACACAAUCCAGGGGAAAGAGCCUGGCAUUGUCAAGUACACCAUGGAGGAAAUCAUACAAGUCACAAGAAACUUUUCCCCGUCUUUCAAGAUUGGUCAAGGCGGUUUUGGGGCAGUCUACAAGACCAAACUCCUGGAUGGAACUAUUGUUGCAGUAAAGCGAGCCAAGAAGAGUGUGCAAGAGAAAAAUUUAGGUUCGGAGUUCCAGAGCGAGGUCCAAACACUAUCAAGGGUCGAACAUUUGAACUUGGUAAAGUUCUAUGGAUAUUUGGAGCAAGGGGAUGAAAGAAUCAUUGUAGUGGAGUAUGUUCCUAAUGGAACACUCAGAGAGCAUUUAGAUUGCCUUCAUGGAAACGUUCUCGACCUUGCUGCUCGUCUAGACAUUGCAAUUGAUGUAUCCCAUGCUCUCACCUAUCUUCAUGUUUAUAUGGAUCAUCCUAUCAUUCAUAGAGACAUAAAAUCUUCCAACAUUCUCCUCACCGAGCACUUUCGAGCUAAGGUAGCAGACUUUGGUUUUGCUAGACAAGCACCGGACAGUGACUCUGGCAUGACACAUGUCUCUACUCAAGUUAAGGGAACUGCAGGCUACUUGGACCCUGAAUACUUGAAAACCUAUCAACUAACUGAAAAGAGUGAUGUCUAUUCAUUCGGUGUUUUGCUUGUUGAACUUGUCACAGGAAGACGCCCCAUUGAACCAAAAUUUGAACUCAAAGAGAGAAUAACAGUAAAAUGGGCUAUGAAGAGGUUUAUAGAGGGAAACGCGAUCUCAGUCUUGGACCCAAGACUGGAUCAAACUUCUGCAAAUAAUUUGGCCUUAGAAAAGACACUUGAACUAGCUUUACAAUGCUUGGCUCCUCAUAGACAAAGCAGGCCUAACAUGAAGAGAUGUGCCGAGAUCCUUUGGGCCAUUCGCAAGGAUCACAGGGAGAUAUCAGCUUCAAACUUUCGAUCAUAUUCGACUACUUCCCAAAGGAGCGCCUCAUUGAGAGAGUAACAAGCAUAGAGUUCAUCUCAUGCAACAAAAUUUGCAUCAAAGAGGAAUGUGUAAGGGAAAAAUAAGCCAAAAAGAAAAAAGAAAAAAAAAAGAUCAAGCAUCAAAAUAUAAGUUGGGACAAAACAUGGCCACAGGAAUAAACAAUUUUUCAAUAAAAUUAUCAAGUAACUUUGGCAACUGGGGUGGCAUAUGCUGAUAGGUAUAGGUAGAAUUCAUAUUUUGUGGAAAUUGUUCAUAAGAGUUUUGGCUUGUAUAUAUGAAUUGGGAGGGAGAAUACUUCCAUAAUGUUAUUUUUCUUUCUUGUGAUGCACUUCACAGAAAAGGAAAACUUGUAUUAUAUUGAUUGGAAUUUUGAUUGCUGUAUUGUCACCUUGGUUAUGAUGAUUCAUUUGCGGUUAAUUGGCUGAUAAUAAGAAAACAAAUUGUACA